AUGUGGUGCCUCGCCCUUCCCUUGCUCUUCGGCGCCGCGCGGGCAAGGGACGCAGCCGCCAGCCCCGACCUGCACGUUGCUCUGUCGUCUCUGGAGGCCCAAGCCCACCCGCCACUACGCACGUCUCGGCCGGACGGCGUUUCACCGUGUUCUGGGACGCCCGGGAGUCAGGAAGUAGUGUGGGAGAUCCACGCCCGCACCCUCGGCUGGAUCGGCUUCGGAUUCUCCAGCAAUGGGCGGAUGGCAGGGGCGGACAUUGUGACGGCGUGGGUGGCAGAUGGACGUCUCUUCCUGCAAGACCGCCAUGGUGUGGGCGAGACGACACCCCCCCUGGACCAGAAGGGGGACUGGCGCCCACUCCACGCCCGUGAAAACGCCACCCACACUGUACUAGUGGUGGCGCGCGCCAUUAACACGUGUGACGGUCAGGACUUCGUUCUCACGAACGAGACAGUGCGGCUGAUCUACGCCUGGGGAGACACGGAUCCAACUGGGGACACCCCAGGCUACCACGGAAUGCGCCGAGGAAACAGAUUCGCUCUCGUCCUUCUCCCGUUUCACCGGCCGGUUCGAACCCCGGGAACCGAAUCCUCGAGCGUCCAAACAUGGCAGGUUAGACAGGAGGUCACGCUUCCCCCUGGCCGCCAUACCUUCUACUGGUGCCACAUGGAGAAGGUGCCAGCGUGGGAGACCAAACAUCAGUACAUAGGGUUCGACAUGCUCUACGGCCGCCACGCCAGGGAGCGCCUGCACCACGCGGUCGCGUUCGAGUGCCUGACCCACGAUGGCGGCGCCGGCGAGGAGGUGUUCGAGCAGUAUGUGGGUCAUGUUGGCCACGAAUGCUACACGCCCAACAUGCCGCCGGCCUUCUACAAGUGCGAGCGGUUUCUCAUCAACUGGGCGAUCGGAAGCGAGGGGGAACUCUUGCCCGACCACGUGGGUUAUCCGCUCGGUGAGCGCCACGGGGGAGCCACGUAUGUCCUCUUCCAAACUCAUUACGAUAACAAGCCCCUGCAUCGUGAUCUGACUGUAGAGUGGGGCAUGGACAUAUAUUAUACAGAUAAGCUGCGAAAAUAUGACGCGGGCAACAUCGGUCUCGGGCAUGCUCUUCUAUUUUCCUUGGUCGUCCCUCCGAGGGUACCCUACUGGCAGGUGGCUGGGCACUGCGACUCCGCCUGCACCCAGGCUGCCAUUCCCGACGAAGGGGUGUCGGUGUUUAUGGUGUUUCUGCACGGCCAUUACCUAGCACGAGCUAUUCGCUUACGUCACUUCCGGGGCGACCGAGAGCUGAAACCCAUGGCCGUCGAUUCGCAUUUUGACGCCGAUUUCCAGCAGUCAAGGCGGCUGGCAAAGGAGGUCCGACUUUUGCCAGGCGAUCACCUAACUGUAGAAUGCGACUACGACAGCCGUGGCAGAAACAGGUCGACCUUCACGGGCUGGGCGGCGGAGGACGAGAUGUGCCAGGCCUUCAUCAACUACUACCCGCGCGUCGACAUGGCGCUGUGCCGCUCUUCGCCCCACCCGGACUCCCUGGCCGAGGCCUUCGCUCUGCCGCCCUUCCAGAGGAACCUCGACCUGAACACCUUCAUCUUCGACCCCAAAGUAGGAGGCGAAGGAGAAGGAGGAGGGGAGGGGGAGUCCUACCAGGAGAGACUGCAGAGGAUGCCCUGGAAGGACUUCGACUUCGGGAGAGCCAACGCUAAGCUGCUCGAGGGCGAACAGGUCGUCAAGUGCCAGUUGAACUAUGGAGUCAGUAUGAAGAUACCAACCAACACCACCCGAUACCCAGAAGCCACGCCCUUCGUCCCACCCGAGGAUCCCGUUUGCUCCCGACUCCGCCGCCCGCCGCCCACCGGACACGCCCUCACCAACGACGCUGAAGGCGGGGCAGCUGCAGGGAGGUCGAGGGCGCUGCUGGGCGUGGCGGUCGCUCUCCUCGCCUUCGCUGGGCGGAGUUAAAUGGGUCACGUGUUUGUCGCUCUGAAUUUUGUUUUUCUUUUAUUUUCUUGUGGGAUAUGGAGGAUUUUUUGCGGAUGUUUUUGUUAGUUUGUGCGUGUGUGCGUGUGUGUGUGUGUGUGCGUGUGUGUGUGUGUGUGUGUGUGUGUGUGUGUGUGUGUGUGUGUGUGUGUGUGUGUGUGUGUGGUGUGUGUGUGUGGUGUGUUGGUGGUGUGUGUGUGUGUGUGUGUGUGUGUGUGUGUGUGUGUGUGUGUGU